CUAAUUCCAAUUUUUCUUACAACAAUUUUUGUUUUUUCGUUUUUCAUUUUCAAAAAAAAAAAAAAAAAAAAAAAUCUUUAGGAUUCAUAGCCAUGAGUACUUGGGAUCUUCUCAACAUUCAACCUACAGAACUCAAAUUCCAAGUUGAAUUGAAGAAGCAGAGUUCAUGUUCUAUGCAAUUGACCAAUAAAACAGACAAAUAUGUGGCAUUCAAGGUUAAAACAACAAACCCCAAAAAAUAUAGCGUCCGACCCAAUGCUGGUGUUGUUUUGCCUGGAGGCUCUUGCAAUGUUAUAGUAACAAUGCAAGCUCAAAAAGAGACACCUGCUGAUUUGCAGUGCAAGGACAAAUUCCUUCUUCAAAGUGCUGCUGUGCCUGAUGGUGUGACCACAAAAGACAUAACCCCUGAAAUGUUCAACAAAGAGAGUGGUAAGGUCGUGGAAGAGUUCAAGUUGAGGGUCAGUUACAUUCCUGCGAAUCCCCCAUCACCUGUCCCUGAAGAACCUGAAGAAGUUUCUUCCCCAAGGGCAUCAUCAGUGCUUGAGAAUGGGCAUCAAAAUCGUUCAUUGUUUGAUGCUGUGUCAAGAUCUUUAGAGGAGCCUAAUGAGAAGUCUUCAGAGGCAUGGUCUUUGAUUUCCAGGUUGACUGAGGAGAAAAGUUCUGCUUUGCAACAAAAUCAAAAACUACGUCAGGAGCUGGAUAUUAUGAGAAAAGAAAUUAGCAAAAGUCGUGCUGGUGGCUUCUCGUUAUUGAUUGUGGUGCUGGUUGGUCUCAUUGGCAUCUUGGCUGGCUACUUCGUUAAGUAAACGUAGAAACCAGCAUUUCGAGCAAAUCUUUUAUUUCUUACCCGAUUGUUGGAAUCAAGAUUGUUGUUGUUGCCCCAUAUCUUUCUAAGACUUUUUAGGUCUUUUUUAUAUAGUGUGUAAAUUGUAGCCUCUUAUAAUUUUACUUGACAUUUUGAAUGAUUAUUAUGUCUUUUAAACAAACUUUCUUGAUUGGAGGUGUGGUUGGAUGAGUUCAGCUUAUUGUAAACUCAAUGCACAAUAUUGAUUGUUUGGUUUAGUUAAGAAUUUUUUACUCUCUUUGAGUGUUAUGAAUGGAUUCGU